AUGGAUAGCUCGGGCUCGAAAUACAAUGGUACCGAAAGAAACACAUUCCUAUCCCGAGUUUUCGGACCACAUUCAACGGUGGGAAACUCUAUGGGAAACACAGAGAUUACACAGAUAACUCCGACCAGUGAACGGUCCUCGUUGCCGCCUAAUGACCUCAGAAUCAUUGAGUCAGACCAAGAAAGCUCGUCAGAUGACGAUGGACAUAAUUCGGAACGCGAGCAAAGUCGAGUUUGUGCUUUUGAGGGUAUUCAGAGCGUCGUGUUGGAUCAGGAUUCGGGAAUGGAAAGCUCUAGCGACAGUGACAGCCAGGGGAGUUCGAUACCGAAAAUAGGGCAAGGGGAUGCAAGUGACGAGUUCGAGUUUCGAGAGUCCCGUAAUGCGAUUGAAUCCAAGGGGAGAAACGAAGACGACGCUGACGGAGCUUCACCUCUCUAUCGUCAGCACUUGCAGUCUGUGGAUUUUAAAAGUAGGUCACCCGUACCGGCUGGCCCGUCAGCGGGGCCUACAAGCGAAAAUCCAGACCUAAAUAUGUGGCAGAAUACGUUUGCCGGCAAUAGAAGGAACUUUCUUAAGUUCAAAGAAAGCAAACUAACAGAUCAAGAGGAAAGCUUUCUGUUCCGCAAACCAUCCACCUGGGGAGAACAAAGGCAGAAUCGUCCCAAAAAGCAGUCAAAUGUGCCACGUCUUUUUAUCAAUUUCGCGAACAUCACGCAAACACCAACAAAUCGACUGAACACUUUAAGCCCUCGCGAGAGAGCCUUGUGGAAAUGGGCCAACGUUGAAAACCUGGAUAUCUUUCUACAAGAAGUUUAUGAAUAUUACUUGGGAAACGGGUUUUACUGCAUUUGUAUUGAAAAGAUUCUCAAUAUUUCAACGUUGCUGUUUGUCGUCCUUAUUUCCACCUAUUUUGGUUGCUGCAUCGACUACUCCAAGCUGCCGAGUAGCCAUAAAAUAUCCGAAGUUCAGAUCUCCCAAUGUUAUACAACGCAAAUCACGGGCGCUACCAAAGGCUUACUAUGGCUAUUUUAUGUGUUCGUGGCGCUAAAAGUAUUGCAAUUCUACUUUGAUGUCAAGUCUCUGCGAGAUAUCCGCAACUUCUACACAUAUCUGCUUGAUAUCCCUGAUAAAGAACUGCAAACAAUCGCUUGGCAAAUUGUCAUAAAACAGAUAAUUCUGCUAAAGGAUCAGAACGCUGUCACUGCCAAUGUUGUUGAAGUGAAAGCCAAGAACCGAAUUGACGCACAUGAUGUGGCGAAUCGAAUUAUGCGAAAAGAAAAUUAUCUGAUCGCUUUGUUUAAUAACGACGUCUUGGACUUAUCUCUUCCGAUACCUUUGUACAGGACGAGCACUUUGACCAAAACAUUAGAGUGGAAUUUGAAUCUUUGCAUAAUAGGAUUUGCCUUCAAUGAGUCAGGUUAUUUGAAGCAAAGUUUCCUGAAAGCUUCCCAGAGAGGAUUUUUGGAAGAGGAGCUCCGUAAGAGAUUUAUGCUUGCAGGCUUUUUGAAUAUCAUCCUAUCCCCUUUUCUGGUAGCGUACUUUGUCUUAUUGUACUUCUUCCGUUAUUUCAAUGAGUAUAAGACUAGCCCUAGCGCCCUAAGCUCUCGGCAAUAUACUCCCAUAGCAGAGUGGAAGUUUAGAGAGUACAAUGAGCUUUAUCAUUUGUUUCAGAAAAGGCUAGGCCUUAGCGUCGAAUUAGCCAAUGAGUACAUCGACCAGUUUCCAAAAGAGAAAACAAACUUGAUUAUGAAGUUUGUGGCUUUUGUUUCGGGAUCUUUUGUUGCGGUUCUCGGUAUUUUGACGGUAUUCGAUCCAGAAAAUUUCCUCAACUUUGAGCUCACUCAUGAUAGGUCGGUGUUGUUUUACAUAAGUGUCUUUGGGACCAUUUGGGCUGUUUGCAGGAGCUCUGUAUCGAAUGAGUACAAGGUUUUCGAUCCUGAAGUGACCCUAAAAGAAGUGGUGAGCUAUCUUCAUUUCAACCCGAAAGAGUGGGAGGAAAGAUAUCAUACGGAGGAAGUCAAACAGGAGUUUUGCAAGCUCUUCAAUUUGCGUGUUGUGCUUCUAUUGCGAGAGCUUGCCAGUUUGAUCAUGACGCCCUUCAUAUUGUGGUUCUCCUUACCAAAAUCUUCAGGGAAAAUCGUGGAUUUCAUUCGCGACGUGUCAGUUUACGUGGACGGUUUAGGUUACGUUUGCAAGUAUGCCACAUUCGAGGUUCCGAAGCAUCAUCGCGAUUUGACGAGACGUCCCUUGUCUCAUGCCGCAAAGGGUCUAGGACAACCAAAGACGUCGUUGGCUUCAGAUAAAGAUGAAGACAGUACUGACUCAGAAAGUGAGGAUGAUAAUAGUAUGGGGAAGAUGAUGCGCUCAUACAUGUAUUUUCUGGACAGCUACCGAAACAAUGAUAAUGCCAUUGGGAAACAUCAGCUUCCCAAAAGCCAUGCAAUUGCCAACAACGUGGGCCAAACGACUUUGCCAAACACAAACUAUUCCUGGAAAAUACAGUUUCAGCCAGGCCAGCGGCCAGAAAAAUAUCGACUUGGACUUGAGAAUAGAACAAGCCAUAGCAUAUAUCACAAACCUUCAGCUCAGUCUCGCCGGAAUGGAAAGUUGAGGGCUGAGGAUGGUGGUGUUGGAAGACCACGAGGAAAAGUCGACAGCGAUUUGGGCGAGUCCUUCAUUAAUUCAAUCCCUAUCGGUGAAUAUAGCAAUCCGGACGGGUCUGAAGAUAGGGCGGGCAAAAAUGGCGUCCUUGGUUUGCUAAACCAGUACUAUAAGAAGUCAGACGUAGGUAGAUAG